AUGACUAAUUUGUUCAGCUACUUUAGUGGGAUAUCGGCCACAGAGUUGCUUCUUGUCUCUGUGGUCUUUUCUGUGGUUUUCCUAAUCCUCAGAGCCUACACACAGAGGGUUCCUCAUGGUACAAAGCGAUUGCUUGGUCCAUUUCCUCUGCCAAUUAUAGGAAAUCUGCUAUCUCUAAGCAAGAAUCCUCAUCUCAGUCUUACCAAGAUGAGUGAGACUUAUGGAGAUGUGUUUCAAAUCCAGAUAGGCACAAAGCCUGUGUUGGUGCUGAGUGGACUGCAAACACUCCGGCAAGCUUUGCUCAAGCAAGGUGAUGUGUUUAAUGGACGCCCUGACCUCUUUACCUUUCGCCUGAUUGGUGAUGGACAAAGUUUAACAUUUAGCCAAGAUUCUGGUGAGGUAUGGAGAGCUCGUCGCAGAUUGGCACAUAAUGCUCUUAAGACCUUUGCCAUUUCGCCCUCCCUCACAUCUUCUGGUACAUCUCUGGUAGAAGAACACAUAAGUAAAGAAGCAGAAUACCUUGUCAGAAAAUUCCAGCAACUCAUUGAAGAGAAAGGAGAAUUUGACCCCUAUAGGUACAUGGUGGUUUCUGUAGCCAAUGUAAUCUCUGCAAUGUGUUUUGGAAAACGCUACAACCAUGAUGACCAAAGCUUCCUUGACUUGGUCAACCUGACUGAUGAGUUUGGAGCAGCAGCUGCAUCAGGAAAUCCUGCAGAUUUUAUCCCUAUCCUUCAAUAUCUUCCAAGCCGGACCAUGAAGAACUUUAUAGAAAUCAACAAAAAGUUUACAAGCUUCAUCCAGAAGAUUGUCCAGGAGCAUUACAGAUCAUAUGAUAAGAAUGCUGUUCGAGACAUUACUGAUUCUCUAAUUCAGCACUCUCAAGAGAAGAAAGUAGAUGAAAACUCCAACGUGCAGCUACCAGAGAAGAAAAUUAUUAACAUUGUGAAUGACCUUUUUGGGGCUGGAUUCGAUACUGUAACUACUGCCUUGUCAUGGUCUCUAAUGUAUCUUGUGGCUAAUCCCAAAAUACAAGACAAAUUACAGAAUGAAUUGGAUCAGGUCAUCGGCAGAGAACGGAGACCGAAAUUAUCAGACAGAUCUCAGCUGCCUUAUACAGAUGCUUUCAUCCUGGAGAUGUUCCGUCAUUCAUCCUUCCUUCCCUUUACAAUUCCACACUGUACCACCGCUGACACUGUGCUCAAUGGAUACUUCAUACCCAAGGGUAUAUGUGUGAUGAUCAACCAGUGGCAAGUGAAUCAUGAUCCGAAACUGUGGAAAGACCCAUUUAACUUCAGACCAGAACGCUUCCUACAUGAGGACGGCUUAUCAAUAAACAAAAUUGAGAUGGAGAAAGUCCUGACUUUUGGCUUGGGCAAGAGAAGAUGCCUUGGUGAAGCCAUUGGCAGAACUGAAGUUUUCCUCUUCCUCACCACCCUGUUCCACCAGUUGCAAUUUUCAAUACAAGAUGUUGAGAAGCUGGAUAUGUCCCCUCUGUAUGGACUCACCAUGAAACACAAACGGCACCUUGUGACUGCCAGACUGCGCUUUCCUAUGAUGGCUACUCAGUAGAACUCUAACAUGAGCAAAUCAUCUUCCAUGCAAUAUUUAGGACUACAU